AUGCUGCCCUGCCUCACCCUGCUUCUCCUGUCGGGGCUGUCCUUGUGCGCUGCGGCAGGUGACAGUGGAGAGGAACCGGCACUCAGCACUGAAGCAGAGCCCUGGGAAGGCGCCGCGCCCAUCACUCAGCGCCAGCUGCAGCAGGUGAAGAGGGGCAAGGCGAGCCAGUUCUUCGGGCUGAUGGGGAAGCAGAUGGGAGGCAGAGAGGAUGAGGACCAAGGUUCAGAGUGA